AUGCUCCGCGUGCCCGCCGGUGGCUCCAUGCCGCUCUCCAACGUCAAGCGCCUCUUCCGGUCACGCUUUAACAUGGAGCUGAGCGAGACCGCGCUGGGCCAUUCGAAGCUGUCGGAGCUUCUGAACGACACUCGGCUGCAGGACAGGGACAUCUGCUUCGUGCGGCUGCAGGGCCACGGCUACGUGGUGGCGCACCCGCACCAGCGCGCCCGGUGCAUCUCCCUUUCGUCCAGCAUCGCGGGGGGCGCGGCGCCCACGGUGCCUCUAGAGGAGGAGGGCAGCCUCCACGUCACUUUCGGCGACCCCGCCCCGGGAGCCCCGCGGAGGGCGGCGCCGCCGAAGGAGGAGGGCAGCCUCCGUGUCACCUUCGGCGGCCCUGCCCCGGACGCUUCGCAGAGCGCGGCGCCGCCGGCCUCCGAGCCGAGGACGUUCGAGAUCAAGAUCCGCAACACGUUCGUCCACGUAGACGACGAGCCUUCGGCGUGCACCCCGGCAAACAAGGAUCUGGCCAGGCCGAAGCGAGCGAAGACAGCGCCAGCACCGGAAGCCCUAGACCCUGGCCCGUCGGACGACGAGGGCGACGAUGAGGACAGCGUCGCGGGGAUCCCCUCGAAGCCCGCGGCGGACGACAACGAGGACAAUGUCAGUGACCGAUCCCAGGGCGACGGUCCCGACUGCUGCGACAGCUGCAGCACGGGCACCGGGGGCGAGACGCGCAUGCAGGCGGCGGGCGGCUGCGACGAGGCCGCCAGCGCGUCCGGCGCGUGCGCUGGCGACCCGCCGGAGGCCCAG